UUUUUCUUUUAUAUCAUCUAAUAUAUAACUUAUUAAUUUUACAUUCCUUUUAUUUAAUAUUCUCCAUUCUUUAAUAACACAUUUAAUAUAUUUACUCAAUUUUUUAUAAAUAGUAAUGACUGGUAGCAUACAUCAAACGUAUGACCAUCAGGUAGUUACUACUGAUGGUGGUGAAUACUAUCACAAUACACUUAGUAAUGAACAUAACGGUCUUCGGACUGAUGAAUUUUUGGAAGAAUAUACUGAAAAAGCUCCUCCUCCUCAAAAACGCAAAUUUUACAAAAAGAAGAAAUACUGGAUUAUUUGUUCUAUUAUCUCAGUAAUCAUAAUUGUUGUUCUUGUUAUCCUUAUCCUCUUUGUUAUUUUCCCUAAGAUUGCACAAUCAUUGAUGAAUAAAUCCAAGAUUGAUGUUACUGCUGCUGGAAUAUCAUUUAAUAAACCUGAUUCUUUAGCCAAUUCUGUUUAUUCUAAACGUAAUGGGGAUGAUAUGAAUUCAACUUUUUACAUGAGUAUGGAAAGCGAUCUUUCUCAUACAGGUCCAUUCCAUGCAAAGCUCAAGUUCCAUAACCCUGUCGAAAUUUAUUAUAACGAAACUCAUCUUGGUGAUAUCUUCAUUUUUAAUGGAACAAGUAUCGCUGGAGGCAAAGGAAAAUUAAAUGCAGUGACUCCUUUUCUGAUCAGAAACCAGGCCGCGUUUGCUUCUUUUUCAAAGACAAUGUUGGCUGUUGAACAAUUUAAAUGGACUCUUAAAGGAAAACUUGAUAUUACUGCCCUUUCCAGAACUGCAACAGUUAACCUUAACAAAGAAAUCACCCUAAAUGGUAUGAAUGGAUUCCCAAAUGUAAAAAUCACUUCAUUUCAACUUCCUGGUGAUGAUCCCAAUGGUGGUAUUCUUGUUGAAUUAGGUACUAUCUUAGAAAGUCCCUCCCCCAUUGGCGUUCAGCUAGGUACAAUUUCAAUGGCUAUUGGUUAUGAUGGUGUCCCACUAGGUACUGUCGUUGGCACCAAUGUUAAUCUUGCUAAGGGUGAAAACCAAAUUCUUCUUAAAGGCACACUUCAACCACAUAAUGAUACAGUUUCUUUGGCAAAGAUUGGUACUCUAUUCUCCAAUUAUGUUGCUGGAAAGCUCUCUAAUACUACUGCCGUUGGGUUAAGCUCUGCUCCAGACGGAGUAAAUCCUGUUGGUUGGCUUUCUGAGGCUUUCAAGUCAGUGAGUCUAAAUGUUGGGUUAACUGCUGGUUCUCCAUUAAAUAUUAUCAAUUCAGUCAGUAUGGGUUAUCUUGACUUGAAGUUUGAUGCUGCAUCCCCUUAUUCUCCUGUCAUCAAUGCCCCCGCUGUCACGGCUGGCUAUAAGUUACCCUUUGGCUUCUCUUUAAAUAUUACAGAAGUUUCUCAAAAUAUUACACUUGCUAUUAAUACAACAGGUGCCAAUACUGAAAACUUUGCUAUUAUGCAAACUCCUUUUGUUCCUGCUGUUACUAAUCCUGAAAGUGGUACUAUUGUAUUUGGUUUAGCUAACACUGCAUUGGCUGGUAUCUCUGGCAAAGAAAGUUUCUACAAUCAAUACACCUACUCUCUAACUGCUUCUAAUAAUUACACCUUUAUGAUCGCUGGUAAUGCUUCUACCAAGACGAAUACCCCAAUUGGUCCCAUUGUUUUAACAGGGAUCAACUUUGUUGUACCUACUUCACUCAAGGGUCUUCAGUUCUUAAACAGCUCUGCAACUGUCAUUAACUCUCUUGAUGUUACUGGUGGUACUACAACUGGUUUGAAUCUUGGAAUCAAUGUCACUAUGGCUAAUCCCUCUGACUUUGGUAUCAAUACAGGUGAUGUCAGUUUCAACAUGGGCGCUAGUGACGUUACUCUUGGUCUAGUUACUUUAAAUAAUCUUACUUUAAAUCGUGGUGAGAAUACAGUAGCUGCUAUUGCAUCUUUCGAUCCAAAGUCAUCUGAUGUUGGACAAAACCUGUUAAGCACAUUUAUUAUGGGCGCUGAUAAUGCUGUUGAUAUUACUGGACAUCCUAACUCGACCAGCAUUACGUCACUUGCUCAAGCCUUAAGCGUCGUCUCUCUCUCAUCUACCCUUCCUGGUCUUAAAACUGCCUUAAUCCAAGGAGCCUCUAUGUCUGUUCUACCUGAUACUCUUACAACAAGUAUGGUUGGUAUUCAAGUUACGAUUGCUAACCCUUUUACAGCUGGAUUAAGUAUCUCCAAGGUUAUCUCUGCUGCUACCUUUUUAGGUAUGCCUGUUGGUAAUAUUGAUCAAGAUAUCAGUAGUAACCCUUUUAUUAUUCCUGGUAAAUCAGCUGCUAAAUCUCAGACAUUGCUUAUGAGCAUGAACCUUGAACCUGCUGCUGUCGCUCUACUGCUACGUACGCUUGCCGUUCAAGCUAAUAUGGAUACAGCCGUUCUUGACGCUUUGCUUAAUAUGGGUGGGUUUUCCAUUGAAGGCCGAGAGAGUAUUACGCCUGAUUCUAGUGUCUUUAGUAACUUUAACAUUUCAGACUAUGUUCUCAAUGCAAUGAAGGCCCUAAAGGUUGAUCUCUCUCUUUCUUCCACUACUGCUAUUGGUGAAUAUGUAAAUGAUCUUGCUUUCUCUCAAGCAGAUGUAGCUGUUGCUGUUGAUAACUCUGUUACUGCUCUUAUCCCUAUUGUCGGACACCCCAUCGUUCAACAGAUUGUAGAUGGUUCUGUUCUUGGCUUUAGUGCAAUUGUUAUGUCUUCUGUUACUGAGGAUUCAUUUAAAGUUCAAAUGAAGGGUAGUGUUGCUAAUACUGGUCCAAUGGAUGCUGUUAUCAAGUUCCCAUCACCACUAACUAUUGCUUGGAAGGGUAAAAAACUUGGUACGACAACAAUGGCAGACAUCCAAGCAAAGGCAGAUGUAGGUGCUACCUUUGAUACUCAAGGAACAUUUACUGUAACCGAUAAGAACGCAAUGGCUGAGUUCGCCGCUUAUAUGAUUAAUAAUGACAGCUUUGAAUGGGAAAUUACAUCAGCUGAUGUUGCUGUUGAAGCACUUGGUUUUACUUUUACAGGCAUCACGCUUCACAAAUAUGUUACCUUAGCAGGUGCUAAUGGCUUUAAGGAUGCUGUUACUAUUUCAUCUUUCACUUUACCUUCUGAUGCGCCCAACAAUGGUGGUAUCAUACUUGUAGCUAACACAGUCAUCAAGAAUCCAAGUCAGGUCGGUUUCAAUCUUGGAGGUGCCGGUUUUGAAACUUACUUUGGCAAUAUCCUUUUGGGUCCUUUAGCUUCAGAUGGUGCUGCCAACUUUGCUCCACAGGCUUCAUCCUCUAUGGUCAUGAAGGGCCUUCUGAUUCCUCAAGAAAACGCUGAAGGUAUUAAGGCUAUUACAACCGUUUUCGGUCAUUAUCUUGCAGGACAACCAUCAACUUUAACCGUUAAGGGUGCCUCUGGUUCUGGCGAUAAUGGUGAAGUCAGUUGGCUUACAUCUGCUUUCAAGACAAUCAAGAUUGAAAAUGUUAUCCUACCUGGCCCUGAGACUAUUCCUGAAUUGAUCCCCUCAGUUGAAAUGAAGGAUAUGACAUUAGACUUUACCAAGGAUGUUUGGAAUCCACCUAUUAGUUCUAGUCGUGUUGAAGCACAAUUAAAGAACCCAUUUGGCUUCUCUUUAGGUGUCUCUCAACUUGAUAUGAAGGUAAAGGCUACUUAUCAUGGUGGUUUAGUUGCUACAUUGGAUGUUCCUGCUUCCCCUGCUACAACUGAUGCUUCUGGACUUAUUACUACUUCGUUCAAUAAUAUUCCUUUCAAGGUGGCUGAUCGCGAAUUAUUUACAGGAUUCAAUAGUCUUUUGACACUCACUCCUGAAGUUGUCUUCGGCUUGAAUGGUACAUCAAACGCUAUUGCUAAAACUGCUGUUGGUACACUUUCUCUUCCUGGCGUUACAUUUGACGUUGACACACAUUUAGCUGGUUUUAACAGCUUUGGUGGUGUUGCUACUAUUACUGAUAUCAAAGUUACAGGCGCUGCUUCACACUAUAUCAAGAUUAGUUUAACUACACAAUUUAACAACCCAUCUAAUAUCACAAUUUCUAUUGGUGACAUCAAUUUUAAUGUUCAAAUGCCUCAAUUUGGUAAUACUAAUGUUGGUAAGGCUUAUUUGAAUAAUGUUGUUAUCGUUCCCGGCGUCAAUACUUUCAGUACCGAAAUGCAUCUUGGUGAGGGUGCUACCAAUCUUGAAGCCAUGGGUACUAUGUUAACCUCAUACUUGACUGGUGCCGCAGUUCCCUUGACAAUUGCUGGUGCUCCUUCUUCAUCGACUAUCCCUCCUGUCCAACAAGCUCUCUCUCAACUUAAACUCUCAACAACUAUGAAUGGUAUCAAAGAUGGUCUUAUUAAACAUAUUAGCGUCUAUAGUGAUAUCCUUUCAAUCUAUGGUGGUGAAGCACAAGCUGACGUAACGCUUUACAAUCCUCUUGAAGUUCCCUUUACAGUCGUUCAUAUUAAAGCUGACUGCCACAAGGUCAUUAAGUGUACAGUAGCUGGUAAUGUUGGAGAAAAUCGUCUCGUUGGUUCUAUUGAUUAUGAGUUAGCAUCACCCUUGACCAUUCCUCCUAAAUCUACAGCGACCGCUGGUCCAUGGCCGGUAAAGAUUGAUAAUGGUGCUGAUAUACCUGGCUUAUUGGCUACGUUUGCUGACAUGGAUCUUACCUAUAAUGUCACUCAAAAUGCAUCUGUGAUUAUUGAUGGAGCCUUUAGCGUUUCUAACAUGUACUACUACCAACAAAACACGCCAUAUACUUUAACAAUUCCACUUUUGACCGAUGAAAUGACGCAGGAGGAAUUCCUUGCAGUCUGCUAUAGCCCACCUGCAAGCGUCACUGCUGCAAUGAUCCUGAAUAAUGAUACUACAAAUUCUACUAAUACAACAACAACAACAACAACAGCGACAGCGACAGCGACAACAACAACAACAACAUUAACUCCAAUUAAUGUAUCAACAACAACAUCUUUAGCUGAGCCUGCUACUCAAACGGAGGUAACUAUUACUACCACUACUGAAGCAGCAGCAAUAACAACAACAACUGAAGCAGCAGAAGCAACAACAACUACUGAAGUAUUAGAGACAGAGAUAACUAAUGCAGAAAAUAUUGCAGCUACUACAGCAGUAGCUUAAUGGUUUUAUUUUAUUUUUUAUUUUUUUCG